UUGAUGGAGAACUACACCUACAACAGCUUCACUCUCCAGCUGGAGGGGUUAAAUGUCUCAAAGGACUCUAUCUAUCCCGUCUUUCUCUUUUUCUUUUUCUCCUAUCUCUUUAUAAUGCUUGCUAAUGUGGGAAUUGCUGUUCUGGUUUUCGUAGACAAGAGCCUUCACCAGCCCAUGUAUCUCCUUUUUUGCAACCUGCCGCUGAGUGACAUCCUUGGAAACUCCAUCAUGGUGCCUCAUGUGCUUUCGGACAUGUUGCUGCCUCCCUCCGAGCGCCUCAUCAGUUAUUAUGAAUGUGUGGUCCAAGCUUUCACCACACACAUGUUCGGCACCACCUCCCACACUGUGCUCAUGAUUAUGGCGUUUGACAGAUAUGUGGCCAUCUGCAAUCCCCUGCGCUAUGCUACCAUAAUGACCAACAAGAUGGUGAUCAAGCUGACAGCGUCUGCCUGGGGAGUGGCCUUUGUUUUGGUCGGGAUUCUGCUCGGUCUGACCGUGCGGCUGAACCGAUGCAGGACUUUGAUCACAAACCCCUUUUGUGACAAUGCCUCCUUGUUUAAACUCUCCUGUGAGAGUGUGUUUAUUAAUAAUGUUUAUGGCCUCACUUUCACUGUGGUCCUGUUGACAGCUUCUAUAGGCAGCAUGGUUCUCACCUACACUAAGAUUACAGUGGUAUGUCUGACCAGUAAGAACAAGUCUUUGAACAGUAAGGCCUUGAAGACCUGCAGCACUCACUUGGUUGUGUAUCUGAUCAUGUUGUUCAAUGGAAUGUCUAUCAUUGCUCUUCAUCGCUUCCCUCAGUACUCAUUCUACAGAAAAGUCUGCAGCAUUUUGUUUCACAUCAUCCCUGGUAGCCUCAACCCCAUUAUUUAUGGACUGCAGUCCACGGAGAUAAAGAAGUUCUUUUUGAAGUUGUUCAAGUCCAAGAAGAUCUUGCCAUCAUGA